AUUUUUUGCCGAUUUGGCCCAAACUCGGUCUAUAUCGGUCACCUGCUAUGUGCUCUUUCUUCCCACUUAAUAGAAUUUCUAUUUCUGCAUUCAAGCACAAGACAAUAUGACCCAAUAUUGUAAUAAGCCACGCGUUUUACCAUUCUUGUUUUGCUCUUCAUUUUUAUAUCACCAGCUUUUCUGGUGGCUUGCUCGCUUUUCUGAAAUUCGUUUUUGGGCUUUCUGUCAUUUAUGGUUGUUCUCGCGAUUGAAAAUAUGGCACCAUCAUCAUCGUGCUUCUUGAGCUCUCCAGUCUGUAUCUCCCUCAGGAUUGACCCCCACCCAAAACAGCCCCCAAGCAACCUGUAUAACAAUAGGAUAAACCAAAAAUUUUCUCUUCAAAGCGCAAAAACUAAAUUGUUUGGCCAGCCAGUGGUAGAAAAGGAAAUAAACCCAUGUAUCAGCUGGAAUUGUUAUGGAGGCUCGAGACCCGUUCCUGGAAGAAUUAUUUUCCGCACCAAUAGCUUGACGGUUAAUGCUUUAUGGAUGCCAUGUUCGCAGAUUGCGAGCAGUGCUUUUACGUUAGGGACUGCAGCUGUUCUUCCAUUUUACACCUUCAUGGUGGUCGCACCUCAAGCUGAAUUCACAAAAAAAGUUUUGGCAAGCAGCAUACCUUAUAUUGUUCUUGGUGUAUUAUAUGCUUACCUUCUUUACCUAUCAUGGUCACCUGAUACGAUUCGUCUGAUGUUUGGCAGUAAAUACUGGCUGCCUGAGUUGCCUGGUAUAGCAAAGAUGUUCUCGAGUGAGAUGACUUUGGCUUCAGCUUGGAUUCAUUUGUUAGCUGUGGAUCUUUUUGCCGCGAGGUAAGUUUAUUUUGACGGAUUGCAAAAGAAAAUCGAGACCCGACAUUCGGUUUCUCUUUGCCUGCUGUUUUGUCCCAUUGGAAUUCUUGUUCAUUUUCUUACUAAAGCUAUGACUGGAUUUUUUAAAGAAAAAUCGACAGCGAAUUGACAAGCGAAUCAUAUUUGUUGGCUGGAUUUUGUGAUUGCGGCUUAAAUGUGUAAACUCUUUGCAGUGUAGAGUUUUGUUGAGUGUAAGACCGGAUGCUAAUAAGUUGCGUUUUUUAUGCUCGGCAAUUUUGCUAUACUUCCGAUUUGGAGUUUUUGUUUCCUUGUGUUUGUACCCAGACCCCAACCUGUUGGGAAUAUACUGAGUAUGUUGUUGUUGUUG